UACUCCUCCUCACGCCGCAGUCGGUCUCUCCUCGCAUCCCGCUGCAAACAGGAUGACUCACAACAACCUUCACUUCACCCUCACCUUCAUUUAACCCAGCCAGUGUGUAUCCACACACACUUGCCCCAUUUCUACAUCCAUUCCCCGCUAAAACGGCGGCAGCAUUAUGCCCGACACGGCGGCGGCGGCCGCUGCUGCAUCAUCGGCGAGCAACAUCAGCAGCAGCGACAGCGAGAGCUCGCGGCACAGACACCGAGCUCAGGGAGACGCGGAGCGGCCAGAGCAGCAGCAGCACAGCGCUGCCCCUCAGCCCACAUCAGCGGGCAUUUUGGGUGAGUUUGGAGAGGGCAAAUACGGACGGGACAGGUGCAUGAUGCUACAUGCACUUUUACAAGUUGUUUGAACUGAAAUGUGUGUGUUUAUAAUUGUCUCUACAGACACCACAGAUGACCACACGCUGCUCUGGCUUCUGAACCACAUACGGCUCGGCAUCCCAGAGCUCAUUAUCCAGAUCCGACAUCACAAACACACCAGGAUGUACGCCUUCUUCGUCACGGCCACAUACGAAAAUCUUUUACGAGGGGCUGAAGAGAUGGAACUGCAGAAAGCUGUGAAGCCGGAGUUUGGUGGCGGCUCUCGCAGUUUCUCCUGUGAGGAAGAUUACAUCUACGAGAACAUUGAGAGUGAACUCUGUUUCUUCACCUCACAGGAACGUCAAAGCAUAAUCAAAUACUGGCUGGACAAUCUCAGAGCUAAACAUGGGGAGGCCCUUCACAACAUCCACUUCCUGGAAGGGCAGCCAAUCAUUCCUGAGCUGAGGGCGCGAGGUGUGAUCCAGCAAGUCUUCCCGCUUCAUGAGCAGAGGAUUCUGGGACAGCUGAUGAAGUCGUGGGUGCAGGCCGUGUGUGAAAAACAGCCACUGGGUUAGUACUGUUUAAUGCCACUCAGCGGGUGUUGCAUUGCUUCAGUCCAAAAGAACUUAAAUAAAAAUCGCCCAUCCAUAUCCACUAUGUUCCAAGAGUUGCUACUAUUGUUCGUUUGAUUGAUAUUUCUGUCGCUAUGUUCUUAGACCAGCAGGGAUAUCUGCUGUGUGGUGUUUGCUCUCUUUAAUGUGGUGUGGGCCACGUUGUUCUUGGAGCGCUGGAAACGCAGAGGGGCGGAGCUCGCCUAUAAGUGGGGUACACUGGACAGCCCAGCUGAAUCACUGGAGGAGCCCAGACCCCAGUUCAGGGGUGUAAAGCGGUGCAGCCCAGUGACGGGCUGUGAAGAGUUUUAUUACCCACCGUGGAGGAGGAGAGUGUUCAGAUGGCUGGUCAGCUUUCCCAUCUGUAUAUUAUGCCUUUGCUUUGUAUUUCUGGCCAUGCUUGUCUGCUUUGAGCUUCAGGAAUUUGUGAUGGGAAUUAAGGAGCUUCCACGUGUAGCAAGAUUCAUCCCUAAAAUCAUGUUGGCCAUCACUGUGACGGCGUGUGAUGAGGUGUACAGAAAGAUCGCCUGCUGGCUAAAUGACAUGGAAAACUACAGACUCCAGAGUGCCUAUGAGAAAAAUCUCAUCAUCAAAAUGGUUCUUUUUCAGUUUGUAAAUUCUUAUCUCAGCCUUUUCUAUAUUGGAUUCUACCUCAAAGACAUGGAGCGUCUGAAAGAGAUGCUGGCCACACUGCUGAUUAUCCGGCAGUUUGUGCAGAACAUGAAGGAAGUCCUGCAGCCCUACCUGGCCGAGCGCCACCGACUGGGUGAGCUCACGCUGCGGGCCGUUUGGGAGCUGCUGGUGUCUGCACUGCUCAAGUAUGGGCGGCUUGCAGCAGGACGAGCACAAGUGUCACCCAGCGACCCCACCGUGCUCGGGUCAGGCCUGCGCGGGCCACAGAUGGGUGAGGAGGGCCCUCGGGAGAGACGAGAACGCAAGUGUCUGGACGGUGGCUGCGGCGUCCCGGAUGAGGAUGUGGAGGAGGAGCCUGGGGAGAGGCACAGCGAAGAAGAUAACGAAUCGGAGAGCCUCAUCGACUGCGGCAUGAAGCUCCGGAAGGUCAGUUUCAUUGAGAAGGUGGAGCGUAAGUCCGCAAGCUGCGUCAGCCCGGUGGACGACAGCUUCCUGGAGGAGGGGAGUCCCACCAUGGUGGAGAGGGGCAUGGAUCCUGCCUCAGUUUUCGAGAUGUGUGAUGAUUAUGAUGAUGAAAACGGGGUUCCGGAGAUGAAGGAGCUGACAGCCGAGCCGCUGCCAGCGGGAGUGGAGAACAACACGUCAGUCCGGCUCAGGAAGAGGGGGCGGAGCUUAGAGAGGGCUGACGGUAAGACCAAGAGAGAUUCGUGGAUGGAUCCUCCCGAGGAGCAAGAAACCACCACGUUAACACAGGCCGAGAUGGAGAGCUGCAUGCAAACAAACCAGGACACUUUCCAGGACUACCAGGAGAUGUUUGUUCAGUUUGGAUAUGUGGUGCUCUUUUCCUCUGCCUUUCCAUUGGCCGCCAUGUGUGCCCUCAUUAACAAUAUCAUUGAGAUCCGGAGCGACGCGUUUAAACUGUGCACCAGCUUACAGAGACCUUUCGGCCUGAGGGUGUGGAGCAUCGGGCAAUGGCAGACAGUGAUGGAAGCCAUGGGUCUGAUUGCCAUCAUAGUGAACUGCUAUCUGAUUGGUCAGUGCGGGCAGCUACAAAGACUGUUUCCCUGGCUUAGUCCUGAGAUGGCCAUUAUCUCCAUCGUCAUCCUAGAGCACUUUGCAGUACUACUGAAGUAUAUCAUUCAUGUGGCAAUACCAGACAUCCCCAGCUGGGUUGGAGAGGAAAUGGCCAAGCUGGAGUUUCAGCGCAAAGAGGCGUUUAAGAAGCAUGAGCGUCAGGCACAGCAGCAUUUCCAGGAGCAGCAAAGGAGGAAGCGUGAGGAGGAGGAGCGGCAGCGCCAGGCGGAGUAUCAGGCCCGGCGUGAUCGAGACGACGGCCGCUCGGACUCCUCGGGUGGCGACCACCACCACGACAAGAGCCACAGUGGCAAAUCCAGACCAGGGGGUGGGGGGGAGAAACCCAAACGUCCCAGCUCGCUUCUUGGAAACAAUAAUGUCAUGAAACUGAAGCAGAUAAUCCCUCUACAGAACAAGUUUUCUUCUGGCACAGCCCGUUCCCCGCAGUCACCCACGGGUAGCGAACCCAAGCUACCGGGUUUCCUCAGUUUUAAGUUCCUAAAGUCACCUGAGAACAAAAAGGAGGCAGCGGCGGCGGCGGCUUCCGCUAGUGUGUCGACAGCUCCUCCAGUCCAGGAGAGGGCAGAAAGGUCCCAAUCACCUAACAAGUCCUUCAAUCCUGGGAAACUGUUUAACUUUGGGAAAUCAGAAGGAGGGGCAUGUGUAAAUGGGGCUCAGCCUUCAAAACCAGGGGAUGGGGGACAGGUGCAGGACAAGCCCCCAACAAAGUCCGACCUCAAUGGGGUCCCUGACGAAAUCCCAUCCCCUUGUGGAGAGAAUGGGGAUAAUGGAUCCUCAUCCGAUGCUGAUCCAUCAGGCCCUAAGAUGUAACAAGAAAAUGAUCUCCAUUAAAAAAAAAAAAAACAGUGUGAGACUUAGUAACACUGAGGGCAGGAGAGUGGGAAUGUUUUUGAGGCUGUGCAAGACUUGACCUGAAAGCUGUUAAGUAAAAUAAUGGGGAAUUCACUAAAAGCCCGGGUGUACUUCAUUUUCCGCGUUCUAUCUGUCUAGCGCACAACUGAGCCUGCAAGUGUACUAUAUUGACGCGGAGCAUAGAUGGAUGUGUUCGGCACGUGCGCCACCUAGUGGACUUCUAUUUUUUGAGUACUGAAAUCGCUCGCACAUGCACUGCUGUAUGCACACAAGUCCAAAAAUUGGGCUGUAAGCAGACGGUGUGCACGGCUAAUAAUGAAAAUUGCGUCACGUGGACUGUUCUCAAGCCAAAGCAGAACACGGACUAGGGAAGUUUAUUUCCGGCUUUAGAAUACAUUGGGUCCAGAUUAACGUUGUGUAUUUGCACGUGUAGCGUGCUUCAUUUUAGCACCCAGUUCACUGAAGUGAGCGUAUCAGGUAAUAGUCGCUACUAGAGGUCGACUGAUAAUGUAUUUUACCGAUAACGAUUUAGGUUGGACCGCAAUGGCCGAUAACCAUCCACUAGUUUUUAAAAUGGAUACUGAAUGAAAACAAACAUAACACUUCAAUAAAAUAGUGCAGA